UGCGCCAUUUUGAAUGUGGACAGGAGUGUGGGAGGAUAGCCCUGAGAGGGAGUGUAAAUGAGUUUCAGACAGAGCCAAAGAGGAAAGAGAGAGUGAAAGACAGGCGAGAAGAGCCUUGCCGCUUCAGCUCUACGAUCCCGGCUCAUCUUUCAGAAGGAACAGGUCUCUCAUAUCCGCACCCGGCAAAAAAAUACCCAUACCGGGUCCCGACAUCGACACUGAGAUUCCCUGUCUCGCCAUGGCAGGAGCCGGAGGCGGGGGCAAUGAUGUGCAGUGGUGCUUCUCCCAGGUGAAAGGGGCCAUUGACGAUGACGUAGCCGAAGCUGAUAUCAUCUCCACUGUGGAGUUUAACCACUCAGGGGAGCUUCUUGCCACCGGUGACAAAGGAGGCCGAGUGGUCAUCUUCCAACAGGACAUAGAGAACAAGAGCCAGCCUCAGUGCCGUAGUGAGUAUAAUGUUUACAGCACCUUCCAGAGCCACGAGCCCGAGUUCGACUACCUGAAGAGCUUGGAGAUCGAGGAGAAGAUCAACAAGAUCCGCUGGCUGCCCCAGAAGAACGCAGCACAGUUCCUGCUCUCCACCAACGAUAAAACUAUUAAGCUGUGGAAGAUCAGUGAGAGAGAUAAGAGGCCGGAGGGCUACAACCUUAAAGAGGAGGAUGGACGCUACAGAGACACCAGCACAAUCACUUCACUACGGGUCCCGGUGUUUCGGCCCAUGGACCUGAUGGUGGAGGCCAGUCCGCGCCGCAUCUUCGCCAACGCCCACACCUACCACAUCAACUCCAUCUCGGUCAACAGCGACAACGAGACCUACCUGUCCGCUGACGACCUGCGCAUCAACCUCUGGCACCUGGAGAUCACCGACCGCAGCUUCAACAUCGUGGACAUCAAGCCGGCCAACAUGGAGGAGCUGACGGAGGUGAUCACGGCGGCCGAGUUCCACCCGCUGCAGUGCAACACCUUCGUCUACAGCAGCAGCAAGGGCACCAUCCGCCUCUGCGACAUGCGCGCCUCCGCUCUCUGCGACAAGCACUCCAAACUGUUUGAGGAGCCAGAGGACCCGAGCAACCGGUCCUUCUUCUCGGAGAUCAUCUCCUCCAUCUCGGACGUCAAGUUCAGCCACAACGGCCGCUACAUGAUGACCCGAGACUACCUGUCCGUCAAGAUCUGGGACCUCAACAUGGAGAACAGGCCCGUGGAGACCUAUCAGGUGCACGAGUACCUGAGGAGUAAGCUGUGUUCACUGUAUGAAAAUGACUGCAUCUUUGACAAGUUUGAGUGCUGCUGGAAUGGAAACGACAGCGUGGUGAUGACGGGCUCCUACAACAACUUCUUCCGCAUGCUGGAGCGCGGGCAGCGGCGCGACGUGACGCUGGAGGCCUCGCGCGAGUGCAGCAAGCCGCGGCAGGUGCUGAGGCCGCGCCGGGUCUGCGCCGGCGGCGGCAAGCGCAAGAAGGACGAGAUCAGCGUGGACAGCCUGGACUUCAACAAGAAGAUCCUGCACACGGCCUGGCACCCCCAGGACAACAUCAUCGCCGUGGCCACCACCAACAACCUUUACAUCUUCCAGGACAAAGUGAACUAAACUCUAAAGGGCUGUGGGGAAGGAGGAUGGACCACGACGACGUCAAACGAUCGAUCGUAGAUGUAGAAGAUCGAUUUGUUUGCGCGUUACGUCUUUUCUUUCUUUCUUUCUUGUCCGGUCUUGUCCGGCUGCCUUGUCCUGUCCUGUCCCGCCCCGCCCUGCCCUUACCUGCCUGGCUGGCUAGCUGGGUCGCUGACUUAACUGGCCAUUAACUGGUUGGUUGGCUUGGCUAAGCCCACUUGGUUUCGGCAGGUUGGCGGGCCAGUUGGUCUGUCAGUUGGUCCUUUUUUUUUCUGUUCACUCUCAUCAUCAUCAAAAAAAAAAGUCAUCGUAUCGCCGUCGUCGUCGAGGGUUGGGGAAGGGACGGGGCAGGAGACGUUUCAUCAUCAUCAUCAUCAUCCAUCAUCAUCAUCAUCAUCAUCCGAAAACAACCGACACUUGUCAAGUCAUCUUCAAAAAUGACCCAAAAAAAGGAAAAAAAAGAUAGGAAUAUGUGUAAGGAAAUAUAGUGGGAAUGAAAUGUGAAGAGGGGGUGAAAAAAAAAAAAAACAACAACAAAAAAAGAAAAAGAAAAAAGUACUGUGACCACCUCCAGCCAUGGCAUAUCCACCAUGACAUAAACACCCCCCCCCCAACCCAAACCCAACCCCCCCUGAGGGAACAGACUCUGGCGAGAUUUGAUUUGAUGAUGUCUUAUUAUAUUUGGGCACCAACAUGUGGGCCCCCCUGCUCAUAGUCAUAACCUGCAUCGGUUGGGCCCGUUUUUAGGGCUCGCAGGCCAGGCACCCCCAAGCAGAACACCCUCUAGAUCUGGUGACCAUGUGCCAACCUCAAGUCUGUACCAACAUCCACUCACCCGCCUUCCUCUCUUUCUUCCAUGAUACUGUACCAACAUCCACCCACCCAUCUUCCUUCCUCCCUCUCCCAUGACACUGUACCAAUAUCCACCCACCCACCUUCCUCCCUCUCCCACCUUCCACCCACCCACCUUCCUCCCUCUCCCAUGACACUGUACCAAUAUCCACUCAUCUUCCUCCCUCUCCCAUGACACUGUACCACGCGCCCAUCCUCCCCUCCCAUCCCCUACCCUCCCAUCCUCUCCCAUCCCAUCCCCUCCCCUCCUCUC